CCGAGAGCCACCAGUCGUCACGUCAGUCUCGUAAAGUCGCGUCGAUUUCGCGUUCCAAUUUUUUUUUGGUUUUGUCGCAAUCCUGCGGGAUUUUGUUGAGGGUUUUUUUCUUCUGGAGUGACAUCUAAAGUGCCAGAAUUGCGAAAACGAAAUUAUGAAUAGCAAUGGGAAUGAAGAUGCACGAAGAAAAGUGCAGCAGAAAAAGCCAAGAAAGGCAGGGGAUUUGGACGACCUAAAACAAGAAUUAGAUAUCGAUUACCAUAAGAUUACGACAGAGGAACUGUAUCAGAGAUUCCAAACGCAUCCAGAAAAUGGUCUUAGUCAUGCGAAAGCAAAAGAAAAUUUGGAACGGGACGGGCCCAAUGCACUCACUCCACCUAAAACGACACCGGAAUGGGUCAAGUUCUGUAAAAAUCUCUUCGGAGGUUUCGCCCUUUUACUAUGGAUCGGUGCGAUCCUUUGCUUCAUAGCCUACGGCAUCCAAGCUAGUACUGUCGAAGAACCGGCAGACGACAAUCUGUUUUUGGGUAUUGUCUUGGCGGCCGUUGUAAUCGUCACAGGUAUAUUUUCGUAUUAUCAAGAAAGUAAAAGCUCGAAAAUUAUGGAAUCGUUCAAAAACAUGGUGCCUCAAUUCGCAACGGUACUUCGCGAAGGUGAAAAAUUGACCCUCCGUGCCGAAGAUUUGGUACUCGGCGACGUCGUAGAAGUGAAAUUCGGCGAUCGAAUUCCGGCCGAUAUUAGAAUUGUAGAAUCGCGAGGCUUCAAAGUGGACAAUUCGUCGCUUACGGGCGAAUCCGAACCGCAAAGCCGAAGCCCCGAAUUUACGCACGAAAAUCCUUUAGAAACUAAAAAUUUAGCAUUUUUCUCAACUAAUGCGGUCGAAGGUACUGCCAAAGGUGUCGUUAUUAGUUGCGGCGACAAUACUGUAAUGGGACGUAUCGCUGGUCUCGCUUCUGGCCUGGACACCGGCGAAACUCCCAUCGCUAAAGAAAUCCAUCAUUUCAUCCAUCUUAUUACUGGUGUAGCUGUAUUUUUAGGAGUUACUUUCUUUUUGAUCGCUUUUAUUCUCGGUUAUCAUUGGCUUGACGCUGUUAUUUUCCUCAUUGGUAUUAUUGUAGCCAAUGUACCAGAAGGACUCCUUGCCACAGUAACUGUAUGUUUGACUCUGACAGCCAAAAGAAUGGCAUCCAAAAAUUGCCUAGUCAAAAAUCUAGAAGCUGUAGAAACUUUAGGUUCCACCAGUACUAUUUGCUCAGACAAAACUGGAACUUUAACCCAAAACCGUAUGACUGUGGCGCACAUGUGGUUCGAUAAUCAAAUCAUCGAAGCUGACACUACUGAAGAUCAAUCUGGAGUCCAAUACGACAGAACCAGUCCAGGCUUUAAAGCACUUUCUCGCAUCGCUACUUUGUGUAACCGAGCUGAAUUCAAACCUGGCCAAGACAGUGUGCCUAUUCUUAAACGAGAAGUGAACGGAGAUGCUUCAGAAGCUGCUCUACUUAAAUGUAUGGAACUUGCCUUGGGCGAUGUAAUGUCAAUCCGAAGAAAGAACAAAAAAGUUUGCGAAGUCCCCUUCAACUCUACCAACAAAUAUCAAGUAUCUGUUCAUGAAAACGAAGACCCCAAUGACCCGAGACACAUUUUAGUAAUGAAGGGUGCCCCAGAACGUAUUCUGGAACGGUGCAGCUCCAUCUUCCUUUGCGGCAAGGAAAAAGUCUUAGAUGAAGAAAUGAAGGAAGCAUUCAAUAAUGCUUAUUUGGAACUGGGAGGUCUUGGCGAACGUGUACUAGGUUUUUGCGACAUGAUGUUGCCAACUGACAAAUAUCCCAUUGGAUACAAAUUUAACAGUGAUGAUCCUAAUUUUUCCUUGGACGGUCUCCGUUUUGUUGGUCUUAUGUCCAUGAUUGAUCCGCCUAGAGCUGCUGUACCAGAUGCUGUCGCAAAAUGCCGAAGCGCCGGUAUCAAAGUCAUUAUGGUAACUGGAGAUCAUCCCAUUACCGCUAAAGCUAUUGCCAAAUCAGUUGGAAUUAUUUCCGAAGGUAAUGAAACUGUUGAAGAUAUCGCCCAAAGGCUUAACAUUCCAGUGGCUGAAGUUAAUCCGAGAGAAGCCAAGGCUGCUGUUGUUCACGGAUCAGAUUUGAGAGAAUUGUCUUCUGAUCAGUUGGAUGAGAUUUUGAGGUAUCACACUGAAAUUGUGUUUGCCAGGACUUCGCCUCAGCAGAAGCUUAUUAUUGUUGAAGGUUGCCAGAGAAUGGGGGCUAUUGUAGCUGUAACUGGUGAUGGUGUAAACGAUUCUCCAGCUUUGAAAAAAGCUGAUAUUGGUGUGGCUAUGGGUAUCGCUGGAUCGGACGUGUCUAAACAAGCUGCCGACAUGAUUUUGCUUGACGACAAUUUUGCUUCCAUUGUUACCGGAGUGGAGGAAGGGCGGUUGAUCUUUGACAAUUUGAAAAAGUCCAUCGCUUAUACUUUGACGUCGAACAUUCCCGAAAUUUCGCCUUUCCUUGCUUUUAUCCUUUGCGACGUUCCCUUACCUUUAGGCACCGUCACUAUCCUUUGCAUUGAUCUUGGAACUGACAUGGUACCCGCUAUUUCUUUGGCAUAUGAGGAAGCCGAAUCCGAUAUUAUGAAGAGACCGCCCAGAGAUCCGAAAAACGAUAAACUUGUCAAUGCUAGAUUGAUUUCGAUGGCUUACGGUCAAAUCGGUAUGAUUCAAGCGGCCGCUGGAUUUUUCGUCUACUUCGUCAUCAUGGCUGAAAAUGGUUUCCUGCCUCUGAAACUAUUUGGAAUCCGUAAACAGUGGGACUCAAAAGCUAUUAAUGAUUUGCCCGAUUCAUACGGACAAGAAUGGACCUACAAAGAUAGAAAAGUUCUGGAAUACACCUGUCACACAGCCUUUUUCGUCUCCAUUGUGAUCGUCCAAUGGGCCGAUUUGAUCAUUUGUAAGACUCGUCGUAACUCCAUUGUGCACCAGGGCAUGCGGAAUUGGGCUCUCAAUUUCGGUAUCGUUUUCGAGACCGCCUUGGCUUGUUUCUUGUCGUACACCCCAGGGAUGGACAAGGGAUUGCGUAUGUUCCCACUCAAGUUCGUGUGGUGGUUACCAGCAAUACCGUUCAUGCUCUCCAUCUUCAUCUACGACGAGGUGAGAAGAUUCUACUUGCGACGCAAUCCCGGAGGAUGGUUGGAACAAGAGACCUACUAUUAAGCGUCACCUCAAAGCCCUCUACUGCCACUAGGUGGCCUCAGCCGGUCACUCGUAAUAGUUGUUUCGAUAGUACCACAACAAAAAUUGAGAUGAAUAAAAAAAAAAUCCUCUCGCUUUUUGACAUUGCCAUUUUGAGUUCGAUUUUUUUUUAAAAAUUUGGAUGAUGUCGUUCUCUAUCGAUUGUUGUACAAAUCAUGUUGCUAUUUCUAGAACUACUAUUACUGCUGUUGCAGUCAUAUUAUUAAAAAAAUAUUUAAGAAAAAAGUAUUGUGCGGAGUCGAUCUUAAAAUAUUAUAGGUUUAUAUAGGCUAUAUAGAAAUGAUUAUGCGUGGAUCGCCUGCGCACAACGCAUAGUUAUUUAAUUAUUAAUACUAAUAAUAAUAAUAUUAAUAAUAAUGACAUUCAAAAUAAGAAAUAGGUUUUUUUUUUUGCAAUGACAGUACCAACAAAACUGUCUGGCAAUAUACUAUAGGACAGAAAAAAAAAAAUUAACGUUUUCGCAACAUUCCAUUUGAACAAAAACUACUACAGUUGCCUUAGUGCUGUCAGUCAGUCGGUCAUAUAUUAAACGGUCUGAGGGCGCAGGUGGGCGCUUCUUGGUUGCCUGUUAACGGACGCACACCUCCUCCCAUUAGAAUACCCAUUCUUCAUUAGUAUUAUUUAAGGCUUUCAACACUUAGGUUAGCUAGGAUGUAACUGUGUUGUUAAAUUCUAUUAAGUGUCAUACCAAAGUCGUGCUCAAUACACAUGACUAUUUAUUAUAAUAAUGAAAUAAAAAAAAGUUUGGCAUUUUUUGUUUUAAAUUUUAUUUGUAAAAUUAUUGCUGUUACUGUGAAGUCUAGCCAGCAAAAAAAAAUAAGUGUGCCGAAAGUCUCUUUAAAAAAAAAAGGGCUCGCUUUAUUAUUGCUUAUAGGUCUGCUUUUGUAGAUCCUCGUUUUUGUUUUCUAUAUAAGUUAAAACGAUAAGCGUGCUGGUCUGAGACCAGGUGACCACAGUAUCAUUAUUAUUGUAAAUAUUUUUAAGUAACAAAAAAAAAUAAAUGAAUCACUUAAUUAUUUUUCCUGCUUCUGUUCUUUUCACGUUCAUAUUUUAGUACGUAAUGAAGCUGUAAAAAUUUUGGGUUAAUAAAAUGGAUGAUAGUGUUGAGAACUUGUUUCAUUUCAGUAAACCUUACAACA